AAUUUCAAACUUUCCGUCACCGAUGACGUAGUAUUCAUUCUUGAAUAUACGAGACCCCGACUGUGGCGCAGGAUCGUAAGUGAUCGUAAGGUUGAGUUGAGUCACUCGACGUCACAGCAAGUCGAUCUAUCAAAAGAUACGAGUACUGUACUUUUCGAGUCUUCGAGUGUUCAACGAUAAAGGCUGUACAGUCGAGACGGAUAUUUUGCCAGAUAGAUUGCGGGAUAACUUUAAUUACUGGUUCUAGACAGUAGUGCUACGCAUGGCCUCGCACAGUCGCGUGAAUUUUUAUUAGGGAAUCCGCGAUCGGGCUCAAGCAGAGAUGCGUGUGAAGUUCGUAGCUUCGACUGGUCGAACCGUGUUUAAUCCACGGGAAAUGAUGUAUCUUGGUAGGGGCGCGUCGCGGUUUUAUCACAAUCACGGUAAAACGGGCCGGGGAAAUUAUUCUCUGUCAGAAAAACGUUCUAUACCGUCGUUCGUGUUGGAUACGCGGACUGUACCGAGGACGUGUUACAGCAACGAAGCCAAGAUCGGUUUUACUGAAAGUUUGACGAAAGAAAAAGCGAAGGAAGUAGCCUCAAAGCUCACCCCGGAGGAACGGGACUACUUCCUGAGAGCUAUCGAGGAAUGUAAAUCGGAAGAGGACAGGGCUGGAUAUCAACGUCAGUUAGCUGCUUUCCGAUGGUGCAACAAACUUGGGAGGCCCAGCAAGAUACCAUCGUUAGGGGAAGUGGAUCCUACGGGCACUUAUUGUCCUGUACCGGAGGAUUGGCUUAUGCGCAAAUACGAGCCACACUUAGUUGAAACUGUUCCAGAACCGUCCACGAAAGAUCUAGUUUUAGUUGCGAUUUCAAACGCGAUUCCGUUCAUCGGCUUCGGUUUUCUCGACAACUUCAUCAUGAUCGUCGCUGGCGAUCAAAUCGAGAUAAUACUGAAUAAAAGAUUUCCAAUAUCGACUAUGGUAGCCGCAGCUUUAGGGAACACGAUAUCCGACAUAAUAGGGAUCGGAUCGGUACAUUACGUCGAACGUUUCGCGCACAAAAUUGGCUUUAAAGCGCCAAAACUUAGCCCCGUCCAGUUGAAUCUACGUAGAACCAAAGCAGCCGCUAACUUGGGACGAGUCAUCGGAGUGACGAUCGGCUGCAUCAUCGGAAUGACGCCUAUUCCACUAUUUUCUUACUUUCACAACGGUGGUUGAAACUCGACCGACAUUAAAUGCUUGUAUUGAAAGGUUGUACUAUAACCGCAAUAGAUAAUCGCGAUAAAUGGAUGUGUAAUAAUAGAAGAAGAGAACCGUCUGCUUACAAGAUACUUAAUAGUCACGCGACCAAAAACUUAGCAAUAUUGAUUUAUGACAAUCACGACGUUUAUACGUUGUAUAAUCCUUGUAAAUGAAUGUAUGUAUUUAAUGUACACACGUGUAUAAAGUAACUGUAAAUCUAUAUAAAUAGCAGUAGCAACAGA